CCAGAUACACGCUAUUUAUUCGCUAGUGAUUUAAAAAAAAAAGCUGCUUUAUUGGUCAAUAACAUCUAUCCGGUUAGCAUGCAUACACGCAGUUUGUCAAGUUCACAUGUUGCAUCUAACAUAAACAACCACAUGGCAACGUUAUGCAAGUGAAGGCCAGACAAGACAGCUAUUAACGGUAACCGUGGUAUUUUAUGGAGCGAGGACGCUAAGGACAAUUGCGCCGGUUGCCAUAAGCAACGUUUUCAAUUACGGCCUGUCGGCUAUGUUCAACAUUUUUCCUUGCAGUCCCACUGAUCCCACUGUUCCACAAAUGUUCGUCUAGUCCAAAAAAAUUGCAUUCCAGUCGUUUAUCCUUUUUAUUAGUCGCUUGUGUAACGUAUCAAUAUCGACAUCAACAGAGCAAUCUGCGAGCACUCGUCCAAAAAGUGCGUUUCUCAGUCUAGUCGGGGAAAUUUCCCGAUACAGUCGAGUCAAAAUGGAUUGGCCAAGCCCACGGGUCGUUCAGGGUGGGUUAUUUCACGCCCCGAAGGCAAAGUACACCAAAGAAACGCAAGAUUUGAUCAAAGUCCUAAUGGAGGAAGCAAAAUUAACGAUUCUUCAGCGAAAUAAAAUCAACUAUCAUUUGCGAACGGGAGAACCGCUCCCUCCCCCAAAAGAGCCAAAAUUUGAACCGGAACACAGCAGCUUCCUUCCCACCGCCAUUCAGCGUAAGAGUAUCAAGAAAAGAUCUCUGUCGACCAUCAUCGAAAGCGGUGCAUUUGAUGUAGAAAAGUAUGCUGCCAAGGACGGUAAACCGCCAAUCGAAAAAACGAAGCUUAAACUACAGGAAGAAAUGGCCGGCUGCAAAAUCAUUCCAGACGAUGGACGGAAGCGAACACUGCGUAGGCAAAGUGAGGGCGAUUUGGAAUUCGUUGCACCCGAUCGCGAAGCUGAGCUUCUUGAGGAAAUCAACGAACGCAUUGAAUGGCUUGCUGAAAUGGAAACACUUGGAGAAGGCAAGAAGCAUCGUCCUGUUAUUCACGCUCAAAUUGCCGAUCGACUAAAUGAACUUAAGCGAUUGGAGAAGAUGCAAUUGCAACAAUGCUCUAUGGUUGGAGCAUCUUCAGGAACUGGUCACGAUCACGAUACUAACAAGUGAAUCCAGUAUUUGCACCACCGACGCGAAUCUUAAUUAAUGUUUAUGUUUAUCAAUAAAUUCAAAAAUAGUUUACUUGAACUACUGAAAAUUACACGGUGAAACUUACGAACUAUGCAAAAUAAAGCG